GCUAUUUCUAAGAUUGUCAACGCUUUAUGGACUGAUCGACUGAGCUACUCACUGCUCACUGCUCUGCGACGACAUUUAUAUAAGCUGUAUUAGUCCUGAGAUUUCUUUUUCACUGCAGUAUUCCUAGGGAGCACCUCCAUGGCACUCAAUUCGCUAUGGGCACGAAUAAGAGGUAGCGCAGCCGGAGGCACUCCAAGCUUCUCUCGAACCACGGCGCUGAAUCUCAUCGGCUUUGCGACGUGGAUACCAGUGAUUGCGUGGUUCAACCUGCACGUGGCCGAGCUGACGGUUGUGGACGGGUCAUCAAUGUAUCCGUUUAUGAAUGCGGAUAGGGAUUCGUCGCUGCGGAGGGACGUGGUGUUGAACUACAAGUGGUCACCGCAGGAGGAUUUGCAGAGAGGGAUGAUAGUGACGCUGAGGAGCCCAUUUCAUCCCGAGGUAAUUGCCGUCAAGAGGGUUGUCGCCCUAGAAGGCGAUGUCAUCAAGACAAAGAAGCCAUAUCCCGUUCCAACAGUCAGGAUACCGCAGGGACACGUGUGGGUGGAAGGAGAUGGUCCGCCAGGCUCAAGUCUGGACAGCAACACGUAUGGACCAAUUUCAAAAAGAUUAUUGACGGGGAGAGUGACGCAUAUCGUGUAUCCGUUGAAGAAAUUUGGGCCUGUCCAGUGGUGGGAGCAUGACAGGCCUUUGGUGGAAUGAUCAAGUGUGGGAUACCAUGGAUGAGAUUCAAUGUUACGGGAGUGUGUACAUGUAUGAUAGUAAUAGGGGCUGCUACAAGAUGCAUUUGGGCGGCGUCUUUGGCAGAUGAAUGUAUCAUUAGUUAGAAACAAAAUACCAC